GCUGAUAAGAGGAGUACAAAGAGGGCUUGGUUCAUGGCAAGGGGGCAGUGGUCUACUCGGCCGGCAACAUGCUACGCUUCUUGGUGCUCACCACCCUGGUCCUUUAUGGACACAGCACCCAGGACUUUCCAGAAACCAACGCCCGGGUAGUUGGAGGGACUGAGGCCCGGAAGAAUUCCUGGCCCUCGCAGAUUUCCCUCCAGUACCUCUCUGGGGGCAAAUGGUAUCACACCUGUGGGGGGACCCUCAUCAGACAGAACUGGGUGAUGACAGCUGCUCACUGCGUGGACCGCAAAAUGACCUUCCGUGUGGUGGCUGGAGAACACAACCUGAGCCAGAACGAUGGCACCGAGCAGCGUGUGAGUGUGCAGAAGAUCGUGGUGCAUCCCUACUGGAACAGCAAUAACGUGGCCGCCGGCUAUGACAUUGCCCUGCUGCGCCUGGCCCAGAGAGUUACCCUCAACAACUAUGUGCAGCUGGGUGUCCUGCCAGCGGCGGGAACCAUCCUGGCCAACAACAAUCCCUGCUACAUCACAGGCUGGGGCAUGACCAAGACCAACGGGCAGCUGGCCCAAGCCCUGCAGCAGGCUUACCUGCCCAGUGUGGACUACGCCACCUGCUCCAGUUCCAGCUACUGGGGCUCCACCGUGAAGAGCACCAUGGUGUGCGCUGGAGGAGACGGAAUUCGCUCUGGAUGCCAGGGUGAUUCUGGGGGCCCUCUCCAUUGCCUUGUGAACGGCAAGUAUGCUGUCCAUGGAGUGACCAGUUUCGUGUCCAGUCUGGGCUGUAACGUCUCCAGGAAGCCCACAGUCUUCACACGGGUCUCUGCUUACAUCUCCUGGAUCAAUAAUGUCAUUGCUUCCAACUGAACGUCUUCCUGAAUCCCAUGGCCUUCCCAAGAUGAUGCUUAGACCCACGAAAGGACUUGAGGCCAUCAAGGAAAAAAAACAUUCUGAGAGGCCAUUGAGCCAGAUCCAGAAAAGCAAAUAAAACUGAAUAUGCAUGAUCA